AUGUCGCUAUCUAAUCCAUCUGUGUUUCUGUACGGCCCCGGCAGUGCAAAGAUCGAAGACAGACCGGAGCCCAAAGUCACCGAUCCCACGGACGCAAUAGUGCGGAUCAAGUUCGUGGGCGUUUGCGGGAGUGAUGUGCAUUUCUGGAACCACGGAGGUGUCAAUGGCAACUUCGUCUCAGAGUCGCAACCUCUGGUGAUGGGGCACGAGGCUUCGGGCACCAUCCACGCGGUGGGAUCUGCCGUGAGCCACCUCAAACCAGGAGACAACGUUGCUAUUGAACCAGGUCAGCCAUGCCGGUCAUGUACACGGUGCAAGGAAGGGUUGUACAACCUCUGUCCCGACAUGAGAUUCGCGGCUUGCCCCCCGGACACUCCAGGAUGUCUGACAAAAUACUUCAAGAUACCAGCUGAUUUCUGCUACAAACUGCCACCGGGUGUGAGCUUGCAGGAAGGGGUGCUGGCAGAGCCUCUCGCUGUUGCUGCCCACGCCGUGCGCAUGAUUGGGGUCCAACCCGGUCAGAGUGUGGUCAUCUUCGGUUCAGGCACUAUCGGCCUUGUAUGUGGUGCGGUCGCGCGAAUGUUUGGGGCGAAGAAAAUCGUGGCUGUGGAUUUGUUAGAUAGGAAACUCGAAUUCGCAAGAAGUUUCAACCAAGCGAGCACGUUCAAGCCCGACUCGAAUGCGGCGCCCGAGGAAAACGCGGCGCGGCUGAUUCACGAGAAUGGCCUUGGGUUGGGCGCAGACGCCGUGAUCGAGGCAACGGGAGCAGAGAGUUCAAUUGCGACAGCGAUAUAUGUUCUUCGACCUGGUGGUUCAUGCGUGCAGACCGGUCUCGGCAAGCCUGUGGUCAACUUCCCCAUCCUCACGAUGAGCGAGAAAGAAUUGCAUAUGCACGGAGCCUUCCGCUACAAUUCUGCAGACUUCAAGGUGGCGAUGGAUGUGCUCGAGGCGGGCACCGUCCCUCUCAAGAGCCUCAUAUCGAACAUUUUCAAUUUUGAGCAAGCCACUGAUGCGUGGGAAACAACGAAACAAGGUCGUGGUAUCAAAAAUAUGAUUCGAGGCUAUGGAUAUAAAGAUCCGGCCAGAAUGGUCCAUUUGUAG